AUGGACGAUUUAGAUGCUUGCAGGUCAUUUCUCUGGGGUCGUCUAACAUUUGAGGAUCCAAUAAAGGAGAUUAAGCACGUGAUGAACAAUCUGAAGGGUGAAGUGAAAGAGGCAUGCGCCUUUCCUGGAUUCAUAAUCCCUUUAGAGGUUCUAGCUUUUGAGUGUAUUCCGGAUUUGGGGAAAGCGUUUAGAAUCUAUUCAGAUGACGCUAGUAAAGAUUGUCCAAGGAUGUGCAAGACCCGGUUUACAAAGUCCAGUCUAAAGGGUUAUCCUUUGGAAGACAUAUAUGCUGCGGUUGGAGACACAAAGGUUAUCAACAGUAUGUUAGUUCCAACUAUUGGUGAGCAAAUUAUGCUGGCUCGUAUCAUUGAUGAGGAGCGAGAGUAUGACCGUCAGAGCAGCCCAAGUGAUACUUGGAACUAUUGGUUAAAUGUGAAGCAAAAGAAUAUUUGGUGGAAAAGGCUAUAUGAGUUAGAUCAAGCUGCACGAGGAGUGUUGCCAAAAAAUAAAGACAAAGAAAAGGUGACGUUUGCAGAAGGAUCAUCCUUUAAUUCUGGUUUAGAUUCGAGGUUGCAAGGUCUGGAAGAGAGGAUUUUGGAGUUCAUGGGAGAAGGAUUUGUUGGAUUUCACGUAACGGUGGAGACAAAGCUAGAGGCUCUAGGCUCAAGGAUGAGUCAUAUUGAAAAGAACCAGCGGAUUUUGAAAAGAAGGGCUAAGAAAAUGGAAGACAAGCUAACUUCUAUUGAGAGUAAGGUGGAGCCGAGUCAUGGUGAAGACAUGGAUUUUCGACAGUGGGACUAUGGUACAUAUGAAGAGAAGGAGAAAGCUAAUUCUGAGAAGGACAAAGCUAAUGCUGAGCAAGAGGCUGGGAAAGAGAACGAUAACAUCGAGAAUACUGAGCAAGAGGCUGAGAGAAAAAAUGAUGAAGAAGGGGAAGAGAAAGAGGCUGAUGACAAUGCUCAGCAAGAGGAUGAGAAAGAGAAGGAAAAUAGUGAAGCUGAUGAGCAAGACAAGGAAGACAGUGAGAGUGAGAUUGAUGAGUUGAAGCAAUUGAAGGAGAGAAGUAGAGCCCAAGCUGAUAAACCGUGGAUGGAGAGAAACAGGAUGAAGAAGAAGGUGAAGAGAAAGAGGCUGAAACCAGUGACGAAGAGAAGGAGAACAGUGAGGAUGAUGAGAAAGUUGAAGAAAAAGUGGUGGAAUCUGAGGCUGAAGGCGAAGAUGAUCAAGCAGAGGUUGAAGGGAAAGAAGAUCAAGAAGAAGAAGUUAAAGGGAAAGAGUCUGAAACCAGAGAGUAAGAAAAGGAGAAAAGUGAGACUGAUAAGGUGGAAUCUGAGGCUCGGGAGGCGGAGAUAG